UAUUAUGUUUUUAACAAUAACGACGUCAAUGUCGCUACAAGAAAAGACUGGUGAUUGGCCCGCGUAUCGUGUCAGCAGUGGCAAUAUGACCGCAUUAGGCACUGACACAUUGGCACGCCUAACAUUACUGGCUUAUUUAGGGAAACUCUAUGCAGGCUGAGCCAGUACACGGCCAGUACACGGCCAGUACACGGUCAGUCUGAGGCUAUUGCUUUCAUCAUCCCAAUAACGUUUACGGGCAACAACUGACCGCCCACAAUAUUGAUAGACGGCUUACCUACUCUUCGGAACAAAAGAUGUAACAUAUAGUCCAAAAGACGAAAUGUCCGAUCAAUGCAGAUAUAAGAUUGUUGACGUAUGAGCUCAGGCGCAAGAAAAGACCCCAAAACGACCGACGAUCAACAUCCUCAAAAUAGAUUCAAGACGUCGAUGCGCUCAAUUCCUGAAGAUAUAAAUGCAGCAUCUGCGCUGCUUGUUGACUAUUCUUCACCAACAUCACAAACCAUCCAUCUUCACUACACAAGACCAAUUCCAAUCUACAUUCCACUUCCUACUCAAACCCAACCCCAAAAAACAAUCUCCAAACCAAAAUGAACUACCUUACCAUUUCCCUCGCGGCUCUUUCCGCCACUGCCUCGGCAGUCCCCACCCUCCAAACCCGCGGGGAAGGCACGAGCUUCAACCUGCGCGUGGGCCCUACCCCAGACGCCCCCGACGCCGUCGCCGCCCUCCGCAGCAACAUCUGGUCCGUCGGCUCCGAAAACAGCCAGGCAAAGCUCUUCACAGACCGCAGCAAAGGCGCCCUCUUCUACGAAUACGGGCCCGAAGCCAGCUCGAGCGUGGGCUUCGCGUCGAACGGCUUCAUGAUCAAGCCCGGCGGGACCGCGACAGUGCCCGCCGUCCGCGCCAUCGAGCUCGAAGUCAACAACGGCACCGCGGGUGUCGAAAUCGUCAAGGACACCAACUUGAUCCCGAAACUCGCCUUCGAUAAUGGCAGGUUCCAGGCCUGUGCUGAGUCCGCGGGCCAGACUGAUGGGUUUAUCUUGAUCUAUGUGCAGGAGGGUCAGAGGAAUCUUGCGGACUGCGCGGCGGUCGAUUUGAUUUCGGUUUGCUCUGGCACUGGGGUUGGUGCGCCUUUGUUGGGGCAGUUGGGCAAGCCUCAUGUUGUGGAUUGCCAGUCUAACUAG